CCUUUAAGAGCCCAGCUUUGCCUCCCGGUAGCUGAAGGUCAUUAAACACAAAAGCUCUCCAGCGCUGCGGUCCAAUAUAGCGCAUGCGCCCUGCCCGAGGACUGGCAGGAAGACGGCAAUAUGGCGAGAAUGCCUGGCAGCGGCGGCGGAGGAGACUGGAGCACCGGGGGCGGCAGCGCAGGAGGCGGCGGCGGCGCAGGUGGUGGUGGAGAGAACAAUACGGGGGACCGGCAGCCCGGCCGGAGCGGCCCCCACCGACCUCUCCACUAUUGCAGCGCUGGGGAGGAAGAGGACGGGGAGGACGAGGAUGAGAUCCAGGAGGUGCAGAUAACGGGGGACGAGGAGGGAGCCGAUGAGGGGAUCCUUUUGCUGGACGAGGAGGAAGAGGAGGAAAUGAUGAUGAUGGGGCUGGAGUGGGCCGCUUCCGAGGAGCCGGGCCAUAUGAUCCGUAUGGACCAAGGCACUGGAGUACUGCUGGACUCUGCAGCGGCUGCUGUCUGCGGCGUCAGGGGCCGCCUCGGAGGAGUCAGGGGAGGCGGCAGCAGUGGCGGCGUCGGGGCUUCCGCGGGUGGCGCUCCCUCGGUUCCCGUUAGCGCCCGCGGCGCUGCCGCCUCCCUAGCUGGCAACGCGUCCGCCGUGGCCGUCGCUGAGGACUCGGACCCGGAGGCGGAGCUGCUUCUGCAGCGUCCCGAGCGGGCCCGGCUGAGCGAGAACACACGCUUGGCCACCCGCUACGCAGUGCGCAUCUUCCGCGAGUACCUGAACGAGAAGGCGCAGAGCCCGGACUUCGAGACCAUGGACAAGGGGGCGCUGUGCCGGGUGCUGCGCUCCUUCUACGCCGAGGCGCGUUCCAAGAGCGGGCAGCUCUACUCCAAAUCGUCGCUCAUCAGCAUCCGCAGCUCGCUCAACCGCUACCUCAACGAGCCUCCUUACUGCCGCACCCUCGACCUCACCAAGGACCCGGAGCUGCGCGCCGCCAACCUGACGCUAGCUGCCGUCAUCCGCAAGCUGGAGGAGCAAGGAGCCAGCCCCGUGGUGCAGAAGCAGGCCAUCACGCGCGCCGACCUGCGCAAGCUCUACACCUGCAGCGUGUUCAGCACGCAGAGCCCCUUUGGGCUCCUCAACAAGGUCUGGUUCGAGACGUGCAUGUACUUCUGCACGCGGGGCCGCGAGAACCAGCGCGAGCUGGAGGAGGACUCCUUCGGGCUGGCCAUGGACGAGGACGGGCGCAAGUUCGUCUACUUCAAGGCCCUGGGGCCCUACCACAAAUCGCGCUCGUCGUCGUGGAGCAAAAAGCGCGCGGAGAGCAGCGACGAGGAGAACCUGCCGCGCAUGUACGAGACCGGCACGGAGUUCUGCCCUUACGCCAGCUUCGUCAAGUAUUUGGCCAAGCGCAACCCGCUCUGCAAGGCCUUCUUCCAGCGCCCGCGGGACCACUGCAGCGAGGGCGACGUCACCUGGUACGAGAACAAGGCCAUCGGCAAGAACCUGCUGGGCACUCGCAUGCAGAUGCUUUCCAAGGCCGCCAAACUCUCAAAGACCUACACCAACCACUGUAUAGGCGCCGUCUCCAUCGCCACCCUCAACAGCAUCGCUGGCAUCGGAACCAAACUGCCCUCGGGCGCCGCUGCCGGAGGGGGCUGCUACGCCCUCAACGGCAGGGCCCGCCCCUCGCCCGUUCCCGCCAACAACACCUACAUCCUUCCCAACGACGGCGACAGCCUCCCCAGCGUGAAGGCCGAAGCGGCUGCUGUCGUCGUGUCGGCUAAGCGCUCCCUCUAUGAGACGAUGUACGCUGCGGGGGGUGGGGCCGCGGCUGGGGGGGACGCCUGCGGCCCCUCCGCGUCCCCCAAAAGACUCUGCCUGAGGCCUGCCGAGCCCCUGGAUGCGGGCGCAGCGGCUGCGGCGGUGGUGGUGGUCUCAGUGAAACACGACCCCUUGCCACUCCUCAUCCCUGAAGCCAAUGGGCAUAGAAGCACCAACUCUCCCACUAUCAUUUCACCUGCUAUGGUUUCCCCCACACAGGACAGUCGGCCCAAUAUGUCAAGACCUCUGAUCACUAGGUCCCCUGCAUCUCCUUUGAACAAUCAAGGCAUCCCCACGCCAGCACAGCUCACAAAAUCCAAUGCACCGGUACAUAUUGACGUGGGUGGGCACAUGUAUACCAGCAGCCUGGCCACACUUACUAAAUAUCCUGAUUCAAGAAUUGGGAGGCUUUUUGAUGGCACAGAGCCAAUUGUUUUGGACAGCCUGAAGCAGCACUACUUCAUUGACAGAGAUGGCCAAAUGUUCAGAUAUAUCCUGAAUUUCCUGCGAACAUCAAAACUCCUCAUACCAGAUGAUUUCAAGGAUUACAGCUUGUUAUAUGAAGAAGCAAAGUAUUUUCAGCUUCAGCCCAUGUUAGGAGAGAUGGAAAGGUGGAAACAGGAUCGGGAGACAUGUCGGUUUUCAAAAUCCUGCGAAUGUUUGGUUGUGAGAGUUGCUCCAGAUCUUGGAGAGAGGAUUACCUUGAGUGGUGACAAGUCUUUGAUAGAAGAGGUUUUCCCAGAAAUCGGUGACGUGAUGUGCAAUUCAGUCAAUGCAGGUUGGAAUCACGACUCAACGCAUGUCAUCAGAUUUCCUUUAAAUGGAUAUUGUCAUCUCAAUUCAGUUCAGGUACUUGAGAGGUUGCAACAAAGAGGCUUUGAAAUUGUUGGCUCAUGUGGAGGAGGGGUGGACUCUUCCCAGUUCAGUGAAUAUGUACUUAGGCGAGAACUCAGAAGGACAUCUCGUUCAUCCUCUGUCAUUCGAAUAAAGCAAGAGCCUCUGGACUAAGGACGUAUUUUCUUAUGCAGCAUCAAAAAGGGGAACCUUUUUCAUGUGCAGUUGGAACACCAAAAGAGCCCUGGAAUGAAACGUUAAAUAAAGACACAUUUAUAUCGAAUAUAGAGACCAUACCUGUAUUCAUAUGGGAGCAUUUGGAUUAGUAAUAACCUCAAGGUGUAAAAUAUGUAUAUGUAAAAAGUUAGAAAUGCAAAGAGAAAGGGAAAAAACCCUUUAAAUGGUAGGUGAGGUUGGUGCUGUGAUGGCCAUUAAGUGUCCUAGGCCUUAGGUAGGCCUGAUUAACAAUAAAGAAGCCAUUGCCAUUAGGGCUCAUAACUCCCUUCCAUUUUCCAUUGCCAAAUGGCAAUCUGCUUUUCAGUGUGUACACCUUGAAUGAAUCAAGUUUGCAGAUGUUUGUCUUAGAAGUGACUAGGCGCAACUCUAGAAAACAUCAAUUAUUACACAACAGAAGUCAUGGACAAGAAUUUUAAAUGUAGCUUGUAUAGAAGUCGUAUACUUCUGUUCACCUGACAGAUGUGAGCAGUCUUCUUAUUUUUUAUCAAAUGGAGCCAGAAUUUGUUACUACAUGGUAGAGUUGCUCUGGUUUGAGUCCAGUGCUUUCAUCUUUUUUUUUCAAAUGUAGUAUAAUAAAUUCUGUUAAAAUGUCCUGUUUAAACCAACCAUAGCCAAAAAAGUAAAAUGAAAAAUUCAAAACAUCAAGAUUAACAUUAGCUUUUUACUUGCUUUGUUAUGCAUCUGAUAACAUUUGUUGGACAGUAAGUAAUGUUGAAUUCUACCUGCAAACAAAAAUGUGAAGGCACAAGGUAGAUAGUUAAAGAAAGAUGAUGUGCUUUAUCUUUAAUUCAUAGUGGCAAAAGGUUCUAACGCACCACAUGGUGCUACUUUCUCUCCAUCAAUUUUCCAGCCUUGUUUGACAAGUGACCUAAUGUUGGUUGGAGGAUCUUUUCAGUCCUACUGGACAUUUUUUUUUGUAAAGUCAUUAAACACAGAUCUGUACAACUA